AUGUAUCUCAAUGGAAAACAUCUAGAUACUACAUUAAAAUUGGGACAAUCAAACUCUGGGACUGUUUCAAUCAAGCAAAUUGGCAUUUCAGAUUCAUUGGAAUUAGCACUUGCACCACCACUUGCACCACCAUCCACGACAUCAAAGCUUGAAGACACAGAUUGGCUGAGAUUAACACUUGCACCGCCAUCUGGAAUCACAACCCAAGAUAUAUCGCCAGGAAAACAUGAACUCUUCAGCGCAUCGGGAAUUCAAAGGAAAAUUCCGUUCAAAAGGUCAUCUCAACGAAAACAAUUCUUCAGGAUCACACCGGAUGUUGAGAGGUGGCUGGGAGGAAAACACGUACAAUUCUCAAAGCCAGUACCGCAUCUGCUCGGGGAUCAUCGCAGCGCCAUGCCACAUAAACAUAUGAUGGUCGGAUCUUUUCCAUCCAGUUUAUCAACGCAUAUCAUUCAGGACUCUAGUUCAAGAUAUAUACCAAGAUCCCAUGGUUCAGGAUCGAAUGCAGUCCAACCUUUUGCACCACGCGAAUCAACUGCAGAAGAUUUAGAAAAUACCUUGGAAGAUCGACAUCACUCGAUCAUUGACCCUGCUUCUUCAAAAAGCCAUCCCAUACAAAUUUCAGGGGAUCAAGACGAGACAAAAGUACCAGAAAAACAUAGCACUGAACAUGGAAGACCUCCUCCGUCCGGAGAACAACAAACUGAUAUAUUUGAUCCCGACGGUAGUGAAACUUACACCGCGAUACGUGAACUUAUGGGCACGUUGUCAAGGUCUGGAAAGGAGAUAAUUGGAGCACAUAUUGAAAUUCGUGCGGACAUUAUCACCUGGUUUAAUACUUUGAAAGUUGGGUUGAUACAACAAACAACAGAAUCGAAUAAACUCAAUGGCCUAAGCGCUAGGGAUAUUCAAAGAGCAGUUGGCCGAGCGUACUACAAAUUGACCAACCCUUUUCUGGGAUUCUUAAUCAGGUAUUACAAACACACAAGAGAAUCAGGCAACAUUGAUCCGAGUCUUUUAACUGGGGGGUGGAAAUUUUUGAAGAGGUACAUGGUUCAAUGGCAUGAUGUGGAUCUUCAAGCCGUUCUCAAACUCAGAGGAAAGCUUGAAGUAGAUGAUCGUGUCUGGAAAUGGACUCCAGAAGAGCUUCUGGCCCAUUUGAUGUGGAUGGAUAGAAAGGAACACUUACCUACCAAGGUGUUAUCAAAGUUUAUAUCUGAAUGGAAAAAGAGCGAGGCAUUAUGA